UGUUCAGAUACGGCUGCCGUACCGGUAUCCUCGGCCAAUUUAAAACUUCCUUGGUCCUAUCCGGGCGACAGGACCCAACGAGGCCGGUCCACUGCGUCCGGAGUGUAGAAGCAGAUUGAGCAACAAUUCCUGCCAAUCUGUAAAACCUCGUUCUGGCAAGACAACAAUAUUGGCACGUUGAGGAAAUCCACUCUAUUUGGCAGUUUAGCCCGAAUUUAGCAUGAAAGGAUUUAUAAAUGGCUUCAAAAGUUUCGCAAGGAAUCCCUGAAAAGGUUGUGCACAUCUUAGAUUGCAAACAGCGCGCAGUGAGGGCAGUACGGUUCAAUGCUGAUGGGAAUUACUGCCUAACCUGUGGCAGUGACAAAUCUCUAAAACUGUGGAACCCACACACAAAUAAACUCCUAAAGACCUACAAUGCGCAUGGCUAUGAUGUUCUAGAUGCACAAGGGAGUUGUGACAAUUCUCAGCUGUGUUCAUGUGGUAUGGACAAAACUGUGAUACUCUGGGACGUCGCAUCAGGAAAAGUUCUCAGAAAAUUCAGGGGUCAUGUUGGUAGGACGAACUGUGUAAAGUUCAAUGAAGAGUCAACUGUGAUAUUAUCGGGAUCGAUUGAUGGUUCUGUGAGGAUAUGGGAUUGCCGAAGCAGACGUCCAGAGCCAAUUCAGAUUUUAGAUGAAGCCAAAGAUAGUGUGACUGCGAUACAAGUGUCAGACUAUGAGAUUCUCACUGGUUGUGCUGACGGCCGAACGAGGCGUUAUGAUCUGAGGAAUGGGCAAAUUCUGGUCGAUCUGGUUGGGAAUUCAGUGACGUCAGUUAGUUUCACCAAAGACGGUCAGUGCAUCCUUGUGACGACUCUUGACAGCACCCUCCGUCUUUUUGACAAGGAUUCAGGAGAGAUGCUGAAUGAGUAUACCGGUCAUAAGAACACUGAUUACAAGGUGGACAACUGUUUGAACAGCGAUGAUACGCAUAUCUUAAAUGGUUCAGAGGACGGUGCUGUCUACGUAUGGGACCUCGUUGAUGGCAAAGUUGUUACAAAGUUGCAGCAUCCUGGACGAUCUUGUGUGCAUUCGCUCAGUUACCACCCCAGUGAAGUCUGCCUCCUCACAGCCUAUGAGGACAAAGUUUUUGUGUGGAAAACACAGCACGGACAGAGCCAUGACUGAAUUGGACUUGUGCUAUGAACAGUAAAGAGAUGGGGAUGAAACAUUUUUUUGACAAUGCAGUGUCGCAUAGUCCUAGAUUGAAGAUAAAACACAGACAAUGUGUGAUAACAAGAGACCACAUGUCAUGGUCUUGUUUUGAGUCAAUAAUAGUCAGAAGACAUAAACCAUUGUAGAAGUUCAGACUCGUGUUGGGCUCCAGAAGUCCUUCGAGAUGUACUGUGUUCUCGGUCGUCACUCUUGAGUUGGGUAGAUCUGUUGAUUGGGUUGGACACUAGUCCAUGGCAUCGUGGUAGACCUACACGAAUGGACAGUGGACAUGCUUACACAUAGAAUGCCAAUCAUACAAUAUACAUUGUACAUGUAAACUACAUCUGUUUUUAUAGAUUGUGAGUCGGUAAUAAAAGCUUUUU